AUGAUGCCCAUGUCCAUUUAUUCCAAGUUGAGUGUCGAACAACUAAAGGAGACUGGAGUCAUCAUUCAGUUGGCGGAUAGAUCCGUUGUCUACCCCAAAGGAGUCUUGAAUGAUGUGUUGGUUCAAGUGGAUAACCUCAUUUUAACAUCUAACUUCUAUGUACGGGAUCUGGAGGAUGAUAAAUCCUCAAAAUCCUUUCAUCUCUUGCUGGGGAGACCAUUCCUUAACAUUGCUGAAACAAAAAUAGACGUUCAGGACAACACUCUCACCAUGGAGUUUGACGGCGAUGUGGUAAAGUUUAAUGUAUAUGAUGCAAUGAAAUACCCUUCUAACUUGUCUUGUGCGUACAACAUUGACAUCAUAGAUGCUUUGAACCAAAAAUACUUCGAUCUAGGCCAUGAUGAUGAGGUAAACAAUGCACUUUGUAACGUUUUAAAUGUUGACAACUUAGGGAUCUUGGAAGAAGACCAUGUUGCUGACCAAAAUCUACAAGAAGCUGUGUUCGAGCUAGAGUCAUUUUAG